AUGGGCAAACCAACAAAAGUGGUUGUUUGUGGAAUGAAAGGUGUUGGAAAAACGGCUAUGUUAGAACAAUUAAUUUAUGGAAAUGUAACUUCUAAGACAGAAAUUCACCCGACAAUAGAAGAUAUUUAUUCAGCAAACAUUGAAACCGACCGGGGGACUAAAGAAAAGGUCCAAUUCUACGACACAGCUGGAUUAGAAGGGCUGCAGAGCAGCGCGAGUAACCAGCAGCAGCAAUUAGCACGUCACUACCUCGGUUUCGCAGAUGGGUAUGUUCUAGUUUAUGACACUGCCAAACCGGAGUCGCUUGACGUUCUUAUUCCCCUUAAAAAAGACAUUGACAAGAAUAAAGACAAGAAAGAGAUAAUUAUAAUCGUGGUAGGAAAUAAAUCUCGCACUGACACCAGUCAUGACAGCUUAGAAAACACCGCCAGCAAAGCUGUUAACUGGUGCACACGUGAAAAGAUAAAACACUUUGAGGUAAAUGUCUUGGAUCGAAAUAGUUUGUACGAGGCGUUUGUUUACUUGUCAUCAAAAUUGAAUCCUGUACAAAACAAAAGUUCAUUUCCGCAGUUGAGUAUGGGCAGAAAAACUGUCAAAGCUGAAAUGACAUGA